AUGCAACUUAAUUGCUUAAGUAGACAAAAUUAAAAUUAAAAAAUCUCAAAACUAUCCAUUAUUGGCCAGUUGCUGAAGCCUAUAUAAUGACUGUCUUGGCCAACGAGGAUAUAUCAUCACUAACCAAUUAAAGAGUAAAAACUUGUAACUUGUGAUAGAGCCAAAAUGGGGUUUCUCUCCUCUCAUAAAUGGCUUUGUGCAUUGUUCCUUCUUUUUGUUGUUGUCCUGAAUUUGAGUGCGAGCAUUGCCGGAGACGAACAAGUCGACCGUAAGGCCGGCUGGAGGGGUGACGAUAGUUGCCGGUUCAGCCGGCGUGGCUGCUAUGGCCGUGGGCCCCGCGGAGGGUGGGGUGGAGGUAGAGGAGGCGGUUUCGGUGGAGGUGCCGGAGGCGGUGGUGGUUUAGGUGGAGGAGCUGGCGGCGGUGGAGGGUUUGGUGGCGGCGGCGGUGGUGGAGUCGGAGGAGGUGGAGGUGGAGGAGGCGGCGGUUUGGGUGGUGGGUCGGGACAUGGUGGUGGGUUCGGUGGAGGUGCGGGAGGAGGUUUGGGUGGUGGUGCGGGCAGUGGCGGAGGUCUAGGUGGUGGUCAUGGUGGUGGUGGAGGGUUUGGGGUUGGUAUUGGAAUUGGAGUUGGGGUCGGAGUUGGUGGUGGGGCCGGAAAGGGUGUCGGAGUCGGAAGUGGUUCCGGAGGAGGAGGCGGCGGCGGCCGC